UAUUAAAUUCGGAAAAUAAAACCGGAAUGGCAGCCAACUUCAUUUUAUACUGACCUUCACAACAAGUAAAAUGGCCGGUAUACACAAAGUCACAACUGGUCUCACAGGCCUGGCAGUGGCCCGGCACCCUCACCAGACCUUGAAAGUCCUGUAUGGGAAAAUCUUGAGUCAGUUGAAGAAGAUGCCCACAGAAGCUGCAUACCGCAGGAAUACCGAGCUGAUUGUCAACGAAAGACUUGCUGCCGUCACAGCAGAGCCGGACGUUGUGAAGCUGGAGCAGAGAAUUAAUUGUGGCCAGAUCGAGGAGGUCAUCAUACAGGCUGAGAGAGAACUCUCGCUGUCCCGGAGAAUGCUCCAAUGGAAACCGUGGGAACCUUUAGUGGGACAAGCUCCGCCCAACCAGUGGAAGUGGCCGCUGGCAUGAGACAGACAGACAGACAGAGACAAAGAUAUGAAGCGGAUGACUGUUUUAAACGUUUAGUGGUAGUAGAAUCCUGACUGUGAAUGACUUGUGCUUGGACUAAUACUAUAGAAUUUUUCAAUUAUAUUUUUCGUCUCACAAGAUGGAAUCAACUGCAACUGGCUGAUUAGUCGAAUAAAAUUGAAGUGUGAGGAA